UCUUCCCCUUGACUCAAUCUACCCAACCACUGCGCACGACUGUUUCCAAACGAACUGCCAAGAUGCGUUACCUUGCCCUCCCUUUCAUCGCGGCCAUGCUCACGUCGCCCAUUGCCGCAUUCGACAUCUGCAGAGCCCUCCAUUGCUACGAGGAUUCUGAGGCCCCAGCGGUCUGGGUGACUCUGAAGGCCGUUGAUCUUAAGGACCGGAAUUACCAGCCCAGAAUCCGCGUCGAUCUCACCGAGUCCGAUCAAGUCUGCGAUCCUUCCAAGGUCGAGAUCUUCAUGCAGCCUCUUGCCAUUGACAAAGACGGACGCGGAGAAGGCUCCAUUAUGCUCGACCCCGAAACGUGGGCCAAAUCCUCGUGGGAGUUCUCUUGCUCAACUCCCAAGGACUCUUCCAAGGAGCACAAGCUUAGCUUCACCAUCCAUGCCAUCAACGGCGAGGAGAUUGAGAAGAUGACACUCGUGACACGGUUCCGACAGAUGUGGCCCAUCGUCUUUACCAGUGUGGAAAGUGAUUCGAUGGCGGAGAGGCCCGAGUUCUCGCGUGGUACACUACACUAUGUGCCUGAGGGAGGCUACCGAUAUGAGGAUUAUGAGGAGCUGUAAAGCUUGCCAGGUACCAUGGAGAAAGCGACCCAGCCGAUUCCGGACAACAGAAACUUGCUGGUAGGGAAAAGCAGAUGCGGUGCUUUGAUAACAUAUAUUUCAUGAAGGACGGGAAUUGAAGACAGUGAUUAUUUGUUCGUCGUGGGCAUUCGGUCUAUGGAGAUAUUGAUAGG